AAGGGUGAAAGGGCUCAACGGUGACCACGCGACUUAACUCGCGCGGUGACGAGAAAUGGCCAAACAUCAUCCGGACCUGAUCUUCUGCCGCAAGCAGGCGGGAGUGGCUAUUGGAAGACUGUGUGAAAAAUGUGAUGGUAAAUGCGUGAUCUGUGACUCAUAUGUGCGACCCUGCACACUUGUGCGCAUAUGUGACGAGUGUAACUAUGGGUCGUACCAAGGGCGCUGUGUGAUCUGCGGAGGUCCAGGAGUCUCUGAUGCCUAUUACUGCAAGGAGUGCACUAUCCAGGAGAAGGAUAGGGAUGGCUGCCCUAAGAUAGUCAAUCUGGGCAGUUCCAAGACAGAUCUCUUUUACGAGCGCAAGAAGUACGGCUUCAAGAAGAGGUGAUCGGCCCUUGGUGCUGCUGUACCUGCUGCAGGGUUGGGGAAAGGGUCUUAAAGCAUCUCUGGACUUCACUGUUACUGAGAACCAAUUAAUCUUCUCUAAAAUGUUACAAAUUAAACUAUGUGUGAGGGGUGGGGGAAGAAACAAAAUCAACUGGGGAUUGGAACCUGAUAAUAGCUGAGAACUGCAGAUGGCAAAAGCAGGCUACUGACUCUUGCCAUCUCUCAAGCGUGGCUAGUGUCUGCCAUACGGCUCUGCAAAAUGCCUGGUGGGCAAGUACUUACAUUCUAAGGGGAUCUGCUCUCCUAUCAAGGUGUAGCACUGUUUUUACACGUCUUGCCCCCUUUCGGAAUUGGGGAGUCACCUGCAGUUCUCCUUUCCAUGCUCUCCCUCUCAGUUGAUAAGAAGUCUUCUCCCCUGGCCACACCCCCAAAGUCUGAGGAAUGAGUUCAGAUUGCCGACCCACCGAAAAUCUCUAUGUAUUGUUAUACAGGGAGGCUAGCAUGCUCAUGACUGAUGCCCUUUUCAUAUGAGCACAACAAUUACAUGUCCCUAUGUUUUCAUCAACCGAUUAACCGAAGGCCCUUUCUGUAACUACCUCUGCAAAAUGUAAACCAAUAAAGUUUUUUUUUUUUUUUCUUUUUCUAACAAGGAUUUCUCUCUAGUUCAUCCCACCCAUCGUCCUCCCAGAGUUUCCUUUUGUAAGGUGAUUGGGACACUAAGAACGUAAGAGUUGCCAAACUAGAAAUUAACAAUGAGCCAUCUGUUCUCUGACAGUGGCCAGUCAUGGCUAUGCUGACCUCUCUGUGAGAUGCUUUGGGGGGAAGGACUGCUGUUUGCUUUCUCACCCCAGCCAUUGAUAAUUUUAUGUCCUGAAGCAGGAGGGGGCUCGCUUUGUGUAACCCUUGCCUUUGCUAAUGUGUCUGGAUGUUGUUUCACCAUGCAAACAUCCAAAUCCCUUUCUAAAACCUCCUGAGCUGCUUGACUCUAUUCUGCUGCGGGAAGUUAGAACCUUCUGUGCUGUAGCUGGAAACCAGCUAUUAUAUUCCAGACUAAUAGCCAUAUACUGAAAACUAGAGCCUGCUUGUUUGCUGAAUACCAGCAGAGGCUGUGGACUCCCAGGCUGCUUAGCACAGAUCUGGGGAAGGAGAUACAGCUCAUGUACAGGUUGUACACACCUUCCCCUUCCCUCCUGACCAGGAGCUUGCAAAUCAUGUUAACUUUUAAGGAGCUGCUUUUGUGAGCAGGAGGGGCAGAGAGAAAGUAAACUGGAUUUGGGGUACAGUAGAAUUUCCCACUUGUGGUCUAGGGUCCCAACAAAGAUGUAGUUUGGGAUGCGGAGUGUUCACAUCUGAGCCUGUUGGCACAACUAGAAGUACCAUCCAGGCAGGGAUCGCUAUAGAGAGACGAGGAAUUUCCCUUCCUUUUCCUCCAUACAGCUGUGCUUGCUGUUGCCUCAGCACUCCCAGUCUCGCUACUGCUGUAGGGAAUCAAGGGCUUAUAGUUUAAGAUCAGAACUUUGAUUACUGGGUAUGUAGCUCCAUGUUCUGGCAGCUGUGAAAGAGUUAAACUGCCUUAUCUAGUGGUUCUCAUCCAUUGGUCGAGUGGAGGGAGAGGGUUGUUUUUCUCCUUGGCCUUGUCUACACAGGCAACUUUGGAGAAGACUUCUACUGCCACUAGUGUGUGUAGCCUAGGUCAGUGGCAGUGCCUCUCCUGUGCUGCUACUGCAAGGAUGGGAGAUUGCCCUAAAACUGCUAGUGUAGAUGAGGCCCUCCCUUGUGAAGCAGAGCAAGAGAUACAGAAGGGUGGCACUGCAGUGAAGAUUCAGUCUUUCUUAUGUGAUUACUUGUCUUGUGUUCAUUAGUUUCUAAUCCCCCAGACAGGGACCCUAGAAAAGACAGGCUCUCUGAAACAGAUUCUGUGUGAUGAGAACUGUGAGGUU